AUGGCAGCAAGCGGCUACAAGACCGCCCUCUACUUCCCCAACUGGGACAUCUACGGCCGGAACUACCAGCCCUCCAACCUUCCCGCAGACAAAAUCACCCACGUCCUGUAUUCAUUUGCUAACGUACGCCCUGAAACAGGAGAGGUCUACCUCAGCGACACCUAUGCGGAUUUGGAGAAGCACUACGCGAACGACAGCUGGAGCGAGCCCGGGAACAAUGCGUAUGGCUGUGUGAAGCAGUUGUAUAUUCUCAAGAAGCAGAAUCGACACAUGAAGACAUUGUUGAGUAUCGGCGGGUGGACGUAUAGUUCCAAUUUCGCGGCUCCAAUGGCGACGGCAGCCGGCCGGACCAAGUUCGCCCAGUCGGCUGUGCAACUCUUGAAGGACGUUGCGUUCGAUGGGAUCGAUAUCGAUUGGGAGUAUCCUGAAGACGCAGGGCAGGCGGAGAACUACGUGCAGCUGCUUCAGGCCGUGCGAGGCGAGCUGGAUACCUAUGCGGCAUCUGUGUCCGGCAACCCGCAUUUCCUGCUCACCGUCGCCACAGCUGCCGGGCCGGAAAACUAUCAAAAGUUGAAAGUAGCCGAUAUGGAUGCGCAGCUGGAUUUCUGGAAUUUGAUGGCGUACGACUAUGCUGGGUCUUGGGAUACGAAUGCCGGACAUCAGGCGAAUCUGUAUGCGUCGAAGGAUAAUGACAGCAGUACGCCCUUCAGUACCGACGCUGCUGUCAAGUUCUACCUGAACAACGGCGUCUCGCCUCUGAAGCUCGUCCUGGGUCUCCCGCUCUACGGCCGAGCAUUCACCAACACCGACGGCCCAGGCAAACCGUUCUCAGGCGUAGGCGGUGGCUCAUGGGAAAAUGGUGUAUGGGACUACAAAGCCCUCACCGCCGCAGGCGCCCAAGAAUUCUUCGACGCCUCCAUCGGCGCCUCCUGGUCCUACGACAGCACCGCCCGCACCAUGGUCUCGUACGACAACGCGCAAGCCUCCGCCGCCAAACUCGACUACAUCAAGAGCAACAAGCUGGCCGGCGCCAUGUGGUGGGAAGCGAACGGGGAUAAGAACGGCACGGGGAGUUUGAUCUCGAGUGUCGUGCAGGGGCUCAAGGCGCUGGAUAAUAGCGAGAAUGUGUUGGAUUAUCCGGAUAGUCAGUAUGAUAAUAUCAAGGCGGGGAUGCCGGGGGCUUAG